GCAGAAAGGAUCAAAAAGAAGGCAUAACCUGGAGAAUUGUUGAAAGUUAGUUGAUAUUUCUAUCAUGGACAAAUUUGUAAAUAAAUAAAUGCCUUCAACUUGAGGGUUUUCUCUUCUCCAAGUCCACGACGCUCAAAGAUCAAAUACAUCUGUAAUCAGCUUAUAGGCGAUUGCGCCGAAUUAUCAGCGAUUCCCUCCUCUCCUCGAACGCUUCCUAAACUCAAUCGCAAUCGACAUGUGCACAAGUAUCAAGACCUCAAUGGCUUGCGGCCACACAUUCACAAACUAUGCCACAACAUGUGGCGUGGCCACAAACUCUCGCCCAUGCACUCCCAAUGUCAAAAUUCAACAUCUUAACGACACGUGCGCAGCGUGCGAUCCGGCGGCCCGGAGGCGCCGUGUCCGUCAGGACUACGAAAGCCGGCACGCCGAGCUCAUGGCCGAGUACAUGGCGGCCAAACAGACAGGAGAUGGAGCAGCCAUGGCGCGUGUGGAGCUUCUGGUCAUGGAAAAUUCCAUGACCACAAUGGAGCGGAAUUUCGAAAUCGGCAUGCACUGCCAGGAAGAGGAUGUCAUGUGGUGGGAGAUGAACUGAACGACAAAGAUGCGCUGAAAUGAUUUAUGACGAUUACGAGACGGAUCUGGCGUUUGUGUGUCUGUACCAACAAUGGGGGGACUACUGCGUAUUUAUGGACUACAUAGUACUUAUCAACAUCUGCCAUUAAUAGGUACGGGACUUCUGAGCCCAACUUGUUCCCAAACCAUUAUUCCAAUCGUCUAUGUACCAGA